UUGAAAUAAGUUUGAGGGCGAGAAAAUUUAUUUCUAAGAUGUUUACUCUAGUUAAACUAAUAAGUGCCAUUGAGUUGGAUUUGUUUAUGCUAAUAUUCAAAUUUUGUUUAUAGGCAAUCACUGGCAUUGCACUGCCGGCUGGUUCAAACAAACUUAUUUCUGGUAGCACUGACGGCACAGUUCGGGCAUGGGACUGCAACACUGGCCGUUGUGUUAACAUGAUCCAUCUUAAUUCUCCAGUUACCUCACUUAUAUCUGAGGGCCCAUGGAUCUUUGCCGGUGUGAAAAAUGCUGUGAAGGCAUGGAAUAUUCAGACGGGUGCAGAUGUUACUCUUGAUGGACCUAAAGGGCAAGUCCUUUCUUUGAAUGUUGGCAAUGAUAUCCUCCUUGCUGGAGCAGAGGAUGGUGUUAUUUAUGCUUGGAGAUGCAGCUUUGAGACUCCUUUCAAACUGGUUGCAACACUAAGUGGUCAUAGUAAACCAGUGGUUUGUCUUGCUAUUGGAUGUCACAAGAUGCUUUAUUCUGGAUCCAUGGACCAUAGCAUUAAGGUUUGGGACCUUGAUACAUUCCAGUGCACAAUGACACUUAACGGGCAUACCGACGUUGUCACAUCACUUAUUUGCUGGGACAAUUACUUGUUAUCGGGUUCAUCUGAUUGCACAGUCAAUGUUUGGGUGUGCACUGAGGAGGGAACUCUAGAAGUGGCAUACACUCACACUCACCAAAUUGCUGUUCUUGGACUGUAUGGGAUGACUGAUGUAGAGGCGAAGCCAAUAUUGUUCUGCUCGUGCAAAGAUAAUUCAGUUCGUAUGUAUGAGUUGCCGACGUUUCUAGAGAGAGGUCGACUAUUUACAAGACAAGAAGUUCGAUCCUUUCAGAUAGGCCCUGGCGGACUCUUCUUUACUGGAGAUGAGACUGGUUUGCUGAAUGUGUGGAAAUGGUUAGAAGAGUAGUAAAAUACAUAAGAUUUUGAGUUACAUGAUGAGUUAUUCUAAUUACUUUGAUGUGGUGACCUUAUCUUUAUUCUCUGAAUGUAUGAAUUAACUGAGUAUACUUGAUGUUGGGGUUGGGCAUAUUGGUUCUUAAGGUACAAGAAUUUAAAGAAGUAUUAUUGAUUCUCUGAAAUAUCAAAAAGAUUGAUUCUUGAAGCAAAAGAAACAGCAAAAAAAAUAAGAAAAUAAAAAAAGAAAAAGA